AUGUCAUCACAAUACUCGGAUAUCAUUCUAAGAAACGGCUCAACCAUCAAGACAGAGACUGGGGAGACUCUGUUUGGAAGUCCCGACGGCUCACCCACAUCCAUCCCAGUCACAUGGACGAUUAACACAACGGCAACAGGUGAAAGUCCAACCAUCGCCGAAGUGAGUGGUCAAGCAACGAGAAUCGGAUCGAUGGUCUACUGGGACUUUGAUAUAUUUGACAUUCCUCCUGGUACUAAUUCAACUGUGUUUGGUCAUAUAAAGACACCUUCAACGAUCCCACCAAAGUUCCUUCCAAAGCCUUCCAAUCCAAGAUGGUUCUUCAGAAACUACUUUGUGCCAGUGGCACCAACUGAUACUACAGAGGGACAGAUGCUCAGAGUUACAUUCUCUGGAUUCCGCAUGUUCAGUAUUGAUAACUUCUCUGGUCAUGGAACCAAACCAUUUGGAAGUAUUGCCAUACCAUGUGUAACAUUUGAUCAGAACCUAGAAAACAGAGUGUAG